AAUAAAUGUCAAGGUUGUGGAGUCGCUCCGGCCUGCUCGUUUGUCCUUUCGCGUUCCUUUGUCGCGCUGCUGUUUUAUUCGAGUGAAGAGUUUUUCUUUUUCCUGCCGGUUUCGGUCACACGAAAUAAGUUCUGGUCUAUGUAAGUAUUCCGAUAUCUAUUACCACAGCUUUCCUUUUGUGUUUUUCUUUUUACCGCUGUUGCCAUGUGACACAGCCACGCUCCUUCUUGGUCACGAUCUGGUAUGCUCUUUCUUUUUCGGACUAUGCCCAACUAGUUCUCAUGGACGAGGAGGAGGACGGUUACUGUACUGGAAACACGACAAGGGCAAGACCUCCUGGAGCAGCUGCUACCGGAACAACUACUGGUACUUCUAGUAGUCCCCAGCGGGGGGCGCGGGAAGAUGUUGUUGAAUCCCGCCCCCGCGGCCCGGACGCUGCACACCAGCGCGAUGAAGUUCGGCUCUUGAUUGUCGGCACGGGCGAGCGAUCGGCCUCGCACGUGGGAUGGUGGGCACCGGACGUCACCGAGGAGGACGCGAGGAAGGCGAAGCGGAGGCUCAAACUGCAAGCAAGAAACCAGCCGGUAGAAGAAGAAGUUCCGCCCGACGCAGAUACUUUGGCGAAGCUGGAGGCACAGAUCUGCCUGGAACAAGUCGACAAAGCCUUCGCAGCGUACGUGGCGGAACAUCAGUUGUGGCAUGUGGCGGCGGCUGGCUCGUGGCACCCGGACAUCACGGUCGCAGACACAACGAACGUGGAGAGCGACGAGGAGCCUUGGGCGUAUUUGCGAGUCGAUGAAAUUCCGGAGGAAUACCGCUGGCUGCUGUAUUCGGAAGCAGAGUGGCAUGAUCUGGACGCAUUUGUCGAAACAAGUAAAGGUAGUGGUAUGUAGUGAGGUCACGAACGUUCUAAUCUAGCGAUCUUUUUGACAUGUCUUAUCCAAAACGACCGGCAGUUUUCAAGUGGCCGGAGGUGUUUUUGAGCAUAAAAGAUUCCCAUUUAUCAAGCAGCCGGGGCUUUGUUGUCAAAAAAGCCCGAGCCAAUUCUAUCGAUUCACGCUUGAUAAAACGACGCAGCGGAGCCGGCAAAAGGGGCGCCCUUCUGAGGCGCCCGCCGCAUCUGUUUCCGUCGAUUUGGGGCGCCCAAAAAGGGACGCCCAAAAAGCAGCACUCCGAAAAAAACAGCGAAUCCGCAUAGUAUGGGCCUCAUUUUGGCCCACAUCCAGGCCUCGCAAAAGACGCGACCAAAGUCCGCCAUUUCAGAGGCGGACUGAAGGCCAGAAGAUGCGGCAUUUUGCCAAAAAAAAAAACAAAAAAACAAAGUCCGCCAAAAGCAAAAAGCCAACCCGCAUGCUAUGGGCCCGAUUUGGGGCUCCCAAGGGUCCGUCCCUGGCGCGGGCCCUGGCGGGGCCAUAGCAUGCGGGGAAGGUUUUUCGAUUCGAAACCAAAUGGAGGCAAGCUCUGGAGUGAGAUUUUUAGCGACCGCCGUGCCGUCGUGCAUAACAUUACUCGCGAUGGUAUGGUGGGCAGAGAAGUUGCGUCUUUUUUGGCGUGAAGACAAAAAGACCGCCGUGGCCUCACUACCUCCGCGGACGCGGCUAUUAUUGGUACUGUACUAUCCAAGCUGACCACCCGGGAGAAGCUUUUCGCCAAAGUCGCUCAGCUCACAAACGCAACCGCGAUCUCUUCCUACGAGACGGUCGAUAUGUUCCUGCUGCCACCCAGCACGGGGCACUGCGAGACUUUUGUGAAGACGGCGAACGAAAAGGCCAUGGCUCAUGCAAAGCUAGACCAGCACCAGCGGCAGCCGCCAGUGUUCGCCGGACAUACCCGUGACAACUUCCAGACUUUUCUUCUAGCCCGGGCAGGAGGACGAGGAGGAGAGGUGGAAGCAGCAAAAAUACAGCCCUUCGAUGUGAUCUGGUUCUGCGGGGUCACAAAUCCGCACUACUUGGUUCCCGACCGGGGAGCAGACGCUGUUCCAUCCCGCUCCGAAUUUCUCCGCGCGUUGCAAAAGGUGCUAGCAGUGGACGGCUUCGUCGUCUAUUCCGACGGAUUCGAGAGAAUGACCAGCGUUGCAAGUUGUAAUGCAGCUCUUGUUGCACCAGCAUCAGGAGACGAGAGCGACGCCGACGUCGACCAAGCCCCCCCGGAGCAAGUGGACAAGUUGAGCAGCAUGGGCUUUCGCAAGAAUUUAGAUAGGCUCGAGCCACUUUUGAAGCGGCGCAGCGCGUACGAGUAUGCCGACGCGGCGGAGAAGGUUUGCUGGUUUCUUCGGUUUUUGGAGGAGGAGCCAAACGACGAGGGUAUUUACCGGCUCGAUAGGAUGAGGGGCGGGGAAAAGGGUAAAUCCUGUUCCUUGCGGCCACGGGGGUGUUGUAGUCGUGCCCGGCGGGAAAUCGCGUGGUUGAUAACCAUGGUGAAGUUGUUUCUCGUGGUACUGUUGCGGCGUAAGAAGAAAAGUCUGACAAAACUCCUGCUGUUCUCCGUGGCCACUUUAGUCUCAAUUGUUGCCAUUUUAGUGGCACAACUUCUCAGGAGGAGAUCUACAGAUACAGUCUCAGAUACGAACUUACAUGCCAUAAAUGAAAAUUUUUGAAGCCAAUGGGGCAUAUAAUUUGCCGGCGAACUUUUAU